CGACACUCGUCCGCAAAGGGUUAAUAUUGAUAAUUCAUGGUAUACAAGUAACAGGAAUCUUAGUGUUAAUUCAUUUAUUGACUUUCGAUAUCCGGAAGCUUAUGAUAACGUUGAUAUGUCUCACAAUGGUACAGAAGAUAUCGAAAGCUGAAUUUAUGAAUUACUGUGUUCGUUCCGCAUAAAAGUAUGAAUUUGCCACGGAACAUUCGCAGUUCUUGCACGUCAUUCCCCGUUCGACUGUUUCUGCGUACCCCCACGAAAACAUGUCGUUUCAUACGAUCCCCGAAUCGUAGUACGUAAAUAAUUUCUUUCGCGCAAAUCCACAAGAACGAACGUUCGUUGAUCCCACAUAUAUGAAAUGACAAGGAAGGUCGAUCGGCUUUAACGUUGAGAGCAACGUUCUUUAACAUGUGUUGACACGAACCGGCACCGCGCUGUCGCAAACUAUGCUGAUCGAGAAGAUAGGUUAUGCGGCGAUCAUAUAUUGGGGAUACAAGCUGGCGCGCAAUGUGAUCUACAAGAUUUAUAGGAAUUACACGGCGUCGACCGUCGAUUUGUACACGAUGGGCAAAUGGGCGGUGAUAACAGGAUGCUCCCACGGUAUCGGACGAGCGUACGCGGAAGCGUUGGCCAAGAUAGGGAUGAACGUGAUCCUCGUCAGUCCCGACAACGAGGCUCUGAAAACGAUCGCGGCCGGUAUCGAGGAGAUGUACAACGUGAAAACGAAAGUGAUCAAACUGGAUCUGUCGGAGGGCCUGGACACGUACAACGUGAUCGAGAAAGAGAUGUUCGGCUUGGAGAUCGGCGUGCUGAUCAACAACUUGGGCAUGUCUUAUCCGCAUCCGGAAUACUUUCUCGAUCUUCCGCACAAAGAGAAGAUCUACAUGAGCAUCGUUCACUGCAACGUCGUCGUCGUCACGAACAUGUGCCGCAUCCUGCUUCCGCAAAUGGUCGUUAGAGGGAGGGGCGUGAUAGUGAACGUAUCAUCCAUGGUCGCUGUGCUGCCAAGCCCGCUUUUAACGGUCUUCGCAGCCACCAAGGCGUACAUCGUUAAAUUCAGCAGGGACCUACAAAUCGAGUACGCGAAACACGGUAUAAUCGUGCAGUGUUUGCUACCCGGAACGGUGACGAAUCAUACGUUGUAUUCGCCGAAACCGGGAUGGAUGGUACCGACGCCGGAAAAAUAUGUGCAAAGUGCAAUUAAGUCCAUAGGGAAGGACACCGUGACCACCGGUUUUCUCCAACAUUCGAUUCUGAUCGCGAUGAUCAAGCUGUUGUACCGGGUGUCGCCCACUUCCAUUAUCAUUUGGAUGAUCAAUAUCAUGGAGGGAAAUCGGAAUAAUGUACUGCGUCGUUACAUUGGAUAAUUUUGUAAAAAUAUUUAAAUAUAUAAUUCGUAAGUUGAAGAAGAAGAAUUUGCUAAUGUAUUGUAAUAUAUAUAUUUUUUUUAAUAAAAUGCGAAAAUCGCUUCGAUCGUCGAAUAUA